AUGGCUCCGAAAUCAACGGUGGGCGAUGCGUGGGACCCGAGCUUAGUCAAUCGAGACCCUACAUUUCUUCUUCCCCCGUUGGAAAUUCCUGGUCCCUGGUGCCGGUUCUAUGACCAUCUAUACUCCUACACUUGGGCUAACGAUAGAACUGUUCAAGAGGCUCUCCACAUUCGGCCGGGAACAAUUAGAACGUGGGCGAGGUGCAAUGAGAGCUUGUCUUACACAUACACGGUCACGGAUGUCGUUGACUAUCACGAAGAGCUCUUGAAGAGGGGAUAUCGAGCGCUUAUUUAUAGCGGCGAUCACGACAUGGUCAUCCCCUAUGUGGGAACGCUCGCCUGGAUCGACACGCUAAAUCUGACGAUAUCUCACGAUUGGGAAGCGUGGGUCAUCGAUGGACAAGUUGCCGGAUACACCACGUUGUAUUCUUACGGAGAAGCCUAUCUUACAUAUGCAACCGUCAAGGCAGGAGGACACACAGCUCCAUCGUACAAGCCUAAAGAAUGCUUCGCCAUGGUUGAUAGGUGGUUUGCUUAUUUUUACCUCUAACCAAGAGUCGUGAGGCCAUUGCCAAAGCGACAAGGUCCUUAAUUUGCAUGAACAUUUGGUGAUUCGAAACUGUGUUAUGGUGUUCCUAUUCAGCAUCGAUGUUCGAAUAAAAAUCCUCUCUCAUCUCUGCAAAUCCCGAGUUCCGUCGAGCUCCUCGGGGAGUUUG